AUGCCGCCAAGCACGUGGGACACUCUUCAAAUUCCCAACUCAGAAAUCAGCACCAUCGAAGAAGCACUACCAGAAUUAGCAGCGCCAAACCCCCAUUUUUCUUAUUCAGAUGAAAGCUUUUGCCCUUUUGAUAACUUGAACCCAACAUGUGAUUUUUUGUACACUUCUCAUCAACCCUUUACAUGCAUUGAUCCUUUCGUUUCACUCGCUCAUCCCACUUUCUCAACCGAAGAUUACAACAUUCUCCCAUGCCCAAAACGCCAAAAGUUCUACGAGGAAGAACAACAACCCUUGUUCUCUUCUUUACAAGACUAUGCACCAUCUAGUUUCUUAGAUCAUAAUUUUUGCUACUUCGAUGUAGAGCAAGUGCCACCAGAGAUACUAUGCUCUAUGGAGUUUAAGCUUCCACCGAAGAAAGAGAGCGAGAGAACCAUCUCUGCACAAAGCAUAGCGGCAAGAGAAAGGAGAAGAAAGAUCAUUGAUAAAACACAAGAGCUUGGAAAGUUAAUUCCUGGUGGACCAAAGAUGAACACAGCUGAAAUGCUUAGUGCAGCUGCUAAGUAUGUUAACUACCUUCAGGCCCAAGUUCAGAUGCUUCAACUCAUCAAGACAUUCAGUGAAGAUAAAGCAGGUUCUCCAAUUGAAAAUUUACAUGCUCUGGUUGUUUCUCCCUUCGUUCAAGAGAAGUUAUACUUAGAACAAAGGUGCUUUGUUCCAAAAGAAUUUGUUAUAACUUUGACAAAUCAUAACAAUGUUCAAUCGAGACCUACUAUUGUUAAGGAUCUUAAGGAAUUGAUUGGGGCAGACACUGAAAAGAAAGCAUUAUAA